UCUGCCGUAGCGAAUGACUCUGAGAGGACCCUGUUGCCGGGUCCGAGUCCACUUUUGCUACUCGGCCUUCCUCCCAGGCAGCGGGCACUGGGCUCGGGGGCGUGGCGCAGGCCUGACCCCGCCCCCGCCGCUGGGCGGCUGGGGCCUGGUCGCCAUGGCGACGGGCUGUACACUACAGCAGCUUCCUAGGCCGCGGGUGCUGACUAUCUGACUACUCGACUACCCGAGGGUUAUGGCCGCCUCGAAGCCGCAGGGCUCCAGCUUCGCGACCUCGUCGAGAACACACCUGCGGCCUUCAGGAGUGACCAUAGAUGACUCCUUCAUCACAGAAACUAAGAACUCCCAGAAAAACAAGCUUUCUCAGAAACGGAAGACGCUGGGAGAAGCAGAGAGCAUGGAGCGCGCAGGAACACCACCUUCCAGCCAUCCGCUGGCAGAGGCCUUCCCAGAUAUUAAUAAACCAGUCCUGUCAGUUCUCCAUCGGCGGCCACCUGUCCCCAUGGCCCACAUACACCAGUGGCCAGACCAUUCUGCAUAAUCGAAAGCCCUGUUCAGAUGACUGCCGGAAGCGAGCAGGAAGCUGGCAGCAGCAGCCCCUGGGCACUACCAAGCCAUGGUACCUGGAGCAACUAGAGAACUACCUACGCAAGGAGCUCCUCCUGCUGGACCUGGGCACAGAUUCUGCCCAGGAGCUGAGGCUGCAGCCUUAUAGAGAGAUCUUUGAGUUCUUCAUAGAGGACUUCAAAACGUACAAGCCAUUGCUAUCCUCCAUCAAGAAUGCGUAUGAGGUGAUGCUGGCCCAUCAGAGGGAGAAGAUUCGAGCUCUGGAGCCCUUGAAGGCCAAGCUUGUCACUGUGAAUGAGGACUGCAAUGAGAGGAUCCUGGCCAUGAGGGCUGAGGAGAGAUACGAAAUCUCCAUGCUGAAGAAAGAGAAGAUGAAUUUGCUAAAACUCAUUGACAAAAAGAAUGAGGAGAAGAUCUCAUUGCAGACUGAGGUGACUAAACUAAGGAAGAAGUUGGCUGAGGAGUACCUGCACUACCUCACUGAGCGAGAUGCCCGCAAGAUUCUCAUUGCAGACCUGAAUGAGCUACGGUACCAGCGAGAAGACAUGUCAUUAGCCCAAUCCCCAGGCAUCUGGGGAGAGGACCCCGUGAAGUUAACACUGGCUCUGAAGAUGACCCGGCAAGACCUGACCCGCACACAGAUGGAACUCAACACCAUGAAGGCCAACUUUGGAGAUGUGGUGCCCAGAAGGGACUUUGAAAUGCAGGAGAAGACCAACAGGGAUCUGCAGGAGCAGCUGGACAGCUUGAGAGACGACUACGAAGAGGUCCGCAAGGAGCAUGAAAUACUGCUGCAGUUGCACAUGAGCACACUGAAGGAGCGGGACCAGUUUUAUUCUGAGUUGCAGGAGAUCCAGCGCACCUCCACGCCACGGCCUGACUGGACCAAGUGUGAAGAUGUAGUGUCUGGGGGCCCAGAUCGCUGGCAUAUGCUGGCUGAGGGCAAGAACAGUGACCAGCUGGUGGAUGUGCUCCUGGAGGAGAUUGGCGAGGGGCUGCUCCGGGAGAAAGACUUCUUCCCUGGUUUGGGCUAUGGGGAAGCCAUCCCCCCUUUCCUUCGAUUUGAUGGCAUUGUGGAGAACAAGAAGCCAACCAAGAAGGAUGUGGUAAAUCUCCUCAAGGAUGCCUGGAAGGAGCGGCUCGCUGAGGAGCAGAAAGAGAAGUUUCCAGAUUUCUUCUUCAAUUUCCUGGAGCGUCGCUUUGGGCCUGGUGAUGCCAUGGCCUGGGCUUAUACCAUUUUUGAAAAUAUCAAGCUCUUCCGCUCCAAUGAAGUCAUGAGUCAGUUUUAUGCAGUCUUGAUGGGAAAGAGUAGUGAAAUUGUGUACAUCAAGCAUAAGGAGACAGUAGCACAGCUGCUGAAGGAGAUGACGAAUGUUGACAGUCAGAACGAGGGGCUACUAACCAUGGAGCAGUUAAGCACUGUCCUCAAGAGCAUCUUCCCCUUCAAGAAGGAAGAGAAAAUUCAGGAGUUGAUGGAGGCAGGGGGCUGGCAUCCCAACAGCAGCAAUGCAGACUUCCUCAACUACCGCUCAUUGUUUAUGGAGGACGAGGAGGGCCAGAGUAUGCACUUUGUGCAAAAGCUGUGGGAACAGUAUAUGGAUGAAAAGGAUGAAUAUUUACAGGAGCUAAAGCAGGAGCUGGGCCUGGAACUUCGUGAUGAGGUGACCCUACGCAAGGUACGUGAGGCCCUGAUGAACAUUGAUCCCGGUCUGGACAAGCAGACUCUGAACAGCUAUUUGAGCCAGGCCUUCCAGCUACCUGUGACAGAACUGCCAGAGGAGGGUGAGAAGGAAGAGGGCAUUGUGACACGGCUCCAGGCUGCACUGGAACAGCUUCAGAUGGCUGACAUCAGGCGCAUGGGCGCUCGAGAGCAUGAGCCUGCAAGCUAGUGCCACUGUGGGCAGCCUGUGUACUCCAGUACUGCUAACCUCUGACUUUUAGUAUAAAAUUGUUUGAACCCAUGAUAUUCUCCAGGUUAUGCUGGGGGGUUAGUCCCUGCCUGGCUGGUCCCAAGACAUGCACCA